AUGAACCACGAGCGCCCGCCGACACGACAAACAAGAAAGACGAGGGACAGCGACCCGCUCCCACCCGCCAACGACGACCGUAACACCCACCACCACAAACGACGCCCGCCACCCACGAAAACGACAACCGCCGCCCACGAAAAACGCCCAGCGCCCAUGAACGACAGCCGCCGCCCAUGCAAACGACAAGCGCCACCCACGAAAAGCACCCAGCACACCCAAACGACAUCCGCCGCCCACGAAAAACGCCUAGCGCCCACAAACAACAUCCGCCGCCCAUGCAAACGACGACCGCCGCCCACGAAAAACACCCACCAAACCCAAACGACGACCGCCGCCCACGAAAAACGCCCACCGCCCACAAACGACAUCCGCCGCCCUCGAAAAACGACGACCGCCGCCCACGAAAAACACCCAGCAAACCCAAACGACGACUCAGUGUAUCUCUCCUCCCUGUCUCCUUCUCUCUGUUCCCCUCUCUCCCUCCCUCCCUCUCUCCCUCCCUCUCUCUCUCCCACCAUCCUUCUCUCCCUCCCUCCCUUCCUCCCUCCCUCCCUCUCUUCCUCCCUCCCUCCCUCUCUUCCUCCCUCCCUCCCUCUCUUCCUCCCUCCCUUCCUCUCUUCCUCCCUCUCUUCCUCCCUCUCUUCCUCCCUCCCUCCCUCUCUUCCUCUCUCCACCUCUCUCACCCCCUCCCCCCUCCAUCAUUUCACUUCACUCACUUCCCCUCCUUCCAUAGCUCUCUCCCUCCACCACUCCCUCCAUCACUCCAUCACUCCCUCCCCCUCCCUCAUUACAUUAGUAAAAUAUCUUUCUGUAUUUAGUUGUCAUUUCACAAUACAACAUUUGUUUAAAUGUGAAUUUUGA